AUGACGAAGACGAAGGAACACAUAAAUCUCCAGGGCACGGAGAACAUUGCGUCCAGCACAGACCCACAUCAGAAAUUACCAUUUGACACCCAGUCACUGCGAGACCUUGUUAUUCGAGCCGGCGUCGUUACAAGGUCCCUCAAGGAAGUUGUCCGCAAGGCUGAGGGAUCAAAUGUUUACCCGGCCACAAAGUGA